GAGCCUGACCUUCCAUGCAGGCAGAAGGCUCCUCAGUCGAACUUGGAGACUGCAGCUGCGGGAGAGCUCAGUGCAUCGCUUCGCCUGGUGUUCCUCAUCUUGGAUUGAAAAAUUGAAGGCAGCAUGUUUCACCCACUGAAACUCAUCCUGAUGCCAGUGUUACUGGAUUACUCCUUAGGCCUGGAUGACUCGAUUGAGUUAACAGUCUCUGUGGGUGAUUCAGCCCUGAUGGGAUGUGUUUUCCAGAGCACGGAAGAAAAACAUGUGACCAAGGUAGACUGGAUGUUCUCAUCAGGAGAGCAUGUCAAGGACAAUUUCGUGCUGUUCUAUUAUGCCAACAUCAGCGUGCCUGUGGGGCGCUUCCAGAAUCGUGCGCGCUUGGUAGGGGACAUCUCACACCAUGAUGGUUCUCUCCUGCUCCAAAAUGUGGAAGAGGCUGACCAGGGAACCUACACCUGUGAAAUCCGCUUCGAAAUGGAGAGCCUGGUGUUCAAGAAAGCAGUGGUGCUGCAUGUACUCCCAGAGGAGCCCACAGAGCUCAUGGUUCAUGUGGGUGAUUCGACUCAGAUGGGAUGUGUUUUCCAGAGCACGGAAGAGAAGCACGUGACCAGGGUAGACUGGAUGUUCUCGUCAGGAGAGCGCGCCAAGGAGGAGAUCGUGUUGCGCUAUUACCCCAAACUCAACGCAUCCAAGGGGUACCCCCAGAACUGGGGCCGAUUCCAGAACCGCGUAAACCUGGUGGGGGAUAUUUCCCACAACGAUGGCUCCAUUAGGCUCCAAGGAGUGAAGGAGUCUGACGGAGGAAACUACACCUGCAGUAUCCACCUGGGGAACCUGACAUUCAGGAAAACCAUUGUGCUGCACGUGAUCCUGAAAGAGCCCCGAACAUUGGUGACUCCAGCAGCCCUCAUACCUGAGAUUCUGGGUGGUAAUCAGCUGGUGACCAUUGUGGGGAUUAUCUGCGCCACCAUCCUGCUGCUGCCUGUUCUGAUACUGAUCGUGAAGAGGACCCACAGGAAUAAGAGCUCAGUAACUUCUACGACCCUGGUCAGAAGCCUGGAGAACACAAACAAGGCUCAUCCAGAGAAGCAUAUUUAUUCCUCAAUAACUACACAAGAGGUGAUCGACGAAGAAGAAUCAAGUGGAAAACCAGAGGCCACUUACAUGACCAUGCACCCAGUUCGGCCUUCUCUGAGGUCAGCACCCCCAAGUGGUCCACUUGACAACAAGUCUGUGGGGGGAAUGCCAAAAUCAGAGCAAGCCUUUUGAGAAGGAAGGGGAGUUCCCUUCGUCCUUGGCCGUGGCAGAGACUCUCUUUCCUGCGUGUCCUGAAUCGCUGUCUGAGUUACUUCAGACCCCUGUCCCCGAGUUGUCCUUCUGCCUCAUUGCUUGGGUGAAGAGCUGAAGAUGGAGGGUUCGAAGUCCGGCAGAAGGAACAGGCUCUGAUUAGGGGGAGCAUGGACUUGGUCCCUCUGGAGUGGGACACUGGCCCCGGGGACCCUGGCUGAGUGGCUGCGGUGGCCUCAAGCGCUCCAUGGGGUCAGACGCUCUGCUUAGAUGGUGCUCUUUGUGGAUGGUUACAGGGAAGAAUCACAGAGAAGAAAACCAACCCAAAUGAUUCCUUUGGCAAAUUAUCCCUAAAUAAAUGUUUAUGGAAAUCA